AUGGAUGAACAAUUGGUCAUUAUUGAACAAUUGAAGAAAACUCUGCAAUUGUUAACUGUUGAACAAGAAGAAAAUAAAAUUAAAGCAAGUACUAUAAACACUACUAAUGACAAUGAUUUUAACGCAAAAUUCCUUUAUGAAGAUUGUGCCGAUUUAUUCAUUGAUUUCACUUAUAAGAAUCCAACUACUUAUCAUGUUGUAAAAUUUGCUGCUAAUAUGUUAGAAAAGAGUGGUUUCAAAUAUCUUUGUGAAAAGGGUAAUUGGGAUAAAUGUAUCGGCAAAGAAGGCGGUAAAUUCUAUACUAUUAGAAAUGGUACUAAUCUUGUUGCUUUUAUUGUUGGUAAGAAUUGGACUAUUGAAAAGGGUGCAGGUGUGAUCGGUUCUCAUAUUGAUUCUUUAGCUGUUAAGUUAAAGCCGGCUUCUUUGAAGGAUCACGUUGAAGGCUUUGAUGUUAUCGGUGUUGCUCCUUAUGGUGGUGCUUUAAGUGAUAAAUGGCUAGAUAGAGAUUUAGGUCUUGGUGGCCGUAUCUUAUAUCAUGAUGAAGAUUCUGAUGUUAUUAAGGAAAAAUUGAUUGAUACUACACCUGUUCCAAUUGCCAAAAUUCCUUCUUUAGCCCCACAUUUUGGUAAACCAGCUGAAGGUCCAUUUGAUAAAGAAGAUCAAACUAUUCCAAUUGUUGGUUAUCCAACUGGUACUCCAGUUCCACCAAAUGAAAAGGAAAAGACUUCUCCUUUAGUUGGUAAGCAUUGUAUCAAUUUAUUAAGAUAUAUUGCUAAAUUAGCUGGUUUAAAAGUUUGUCAAUUAACUCAAUUAGAUUUAGAUUUAUUUGAUGUUCAAAAGGGUGUCAUUGGUGGUAUUAAUCAAGAUUUUAUUUUUGCACCACGUUUAGAUGAUAGAUUAUGUAGUUUUGCUGCAUUAUGGGCUAUGGAUAUGUAUUCUCAUGAUGUUGAUAUUUCUACAUCAGAGAAUUUCUCUGUAUUAGCUUUAUAUGAUAAUGAAGAAGUUGGUUCAAUGUCAAGACAAGGUGCUAAAGGUGGUUUAUUAGAAUCCAUUGUUGAUCGUGUUGCUCAAGCUCAUGCCAAUGCUACAUGUGCAGAAAUUCGUACCUUAUAUGCUAAUUCUAUUAUCUUAUCUGCUGAUGUUAACCACAUGUUUAACCCUAACUUUAAGGAAGUUUAUUUAGAAAGACAUUCUCCAAAACCAAAUGUUGGUGUUACAUUAUCAUUAGAUCCAAAUGGUCAUAUGGCUACUGAUAGUGUUGGUGUUGCCUUUAUUGAACAAUUAGCUAAGAAAAAUGAUGAUAAAUUACAAUAUUUCCAAAUUAAGAAUAAUUCAAGAUCUGGUGGUACUAUUGGCCCAACAUUAUCCUUGACUGGUGCUCGUGUCAUUGAUUUAGGUAUUGCACAAUUAUCUAUGCACAGUAUUAGAGCCGCUACAGGUUCUCAAGAUGUUGGUCUUGGUAUUAAGUUCUUUAACGGUUUCUACCAAAACUGGAGAUCAGUCUACGAUAACUUUGGUGACUUGUAA